CCACGAUCACUGUUGUUCUUCACAAAAUGCAUCUCCUUCCGUUUGUCAGACGUUAGAUGAGUUAGAUUUUGAAAGAGGCAUCUGGUACUCUGCCCUUACCGGAGACAUCGAAGGUGUUCGAAGUUCAUUAGUGAAGGGAAACGACCCGAAUGCAACUGACAGCUCAGGAUACACUGCCUUGCAUUAUGCAGGACGGAAUGGUCAUUAUGAAAUUUGUGAAAUUCUCCUAAAGAAAGGAGCUUGUGUUAACUAUCAGACAAAGAGUGGGAAAGCAACCCCAUUGCACAGAGCUGCCUAUAUGGGACAUGAAGGCAUAGUCAAAUUGUUCUUAUCAUACAAGGCAGAUGCAUUAUUAAAGGAUGCUGAUGAUAAUACAGCGGUUCAUAAGGCAAUUCAACAAGGGCAUCAAAAUGUUGUAAAAAUUCUCAUUGAAAAAUAUCCAGAGUUAUCAACAUUGCUUGAGAGUUCAGAAGAUGGAAUAACAUAGAACAAAGACCUAUAUUUGUAUAUGUUCUAUAACUCAUCAAAAACUAUUGAAUAUUUCUACUGUGCUUCACAUUAGUAGGUUUACCUCUAACGGAAGUAAAAAAUGUCAUGUGAUUUUUAAACUAGCCAAUGAACACACUAUACAUAGAGUUUGUUUUGUAACACGUAUGAAACUCACAAAUAUAAUUCAGUGUGCGCAACCCCUCAAGUAUUAAAAAUGAUGAUUUGAUUGGCUAAAUUUCACUGCCUCAUAGGCAGGUAUUGGAUGAAGUGCAUCUAUUUUUAAUAAAGGGGCAUGGUUAAAUGAGAUAAAAACUGUAAUCUCUUUUUGCUCAACUUUGAUGUGUCUUUUUUAGUCAGGGGCAAUAACUCAAAAACGGUUUAUCGAAAAAUAGUCAAAUUGGAACUUGUCCAUCAAUAUAAAUGAUGAGACCAGAUAUCAUCCAAAAAUCAGAUCAAAACUGUAGUCAGAAAUGUGGAUGGACUGACGACAGGGGCAACAACUAUAUACGUCAACAAUUCUAUUUGUAUAUAUAAAAAACAGUUCGUUUAAGUGUAUUUUCCAGUGGUGAUAGCUUAGAAAAAAUACAUUAAAAUACAAAAAUUAAAAAUAUAAUACUUUAUUUUGUUUUGAUUGGUAUAAUACUAUAUUUUAUAGGAUUAUGUAUUGAAAGCAGUACUGAUAGAUGGUACAGAUAGAUUAAUUUGAUAAUGUUCAUCCAAUUAUACUUCACUGAAAAUGACUGAAAGCUUUUUUCAGAAACAAACGUUGGGACUUUGUCAUCCCUUUUAAGUCAUUGCUGAGCAGCUAUUUUUAUUUGUUUUUUGCACUGUAGAUAAAAAAAAUUGUGUUACUCAGCAAGUCUUUCAAUUAAAGGGAUUGUUUUCUGAUUUUUUUUAUGUGUUUCAAUAGUAAUAUUGGCUAGUAAAAGUUAAUUAAAAACAAAUUUUAAGAGAUUUUAUAAAAAUUUUUUAUGUGCAUAGGGUACACAGAUAGCAUCAAUUUGUAAUUAAAUCUUUUAAAAUUUGUUUUUAAUUAACUUUUACUACCCAAUAUUAUUUCCUCCUUGGACCAGUUUAGCCUGCAUGUGAUUUUUCCUCAAAUUUGCAUGUUGCUAAGAAACAACUCCUUUAGUAUCUGGAUGUAAUUUCAAAUAUUUAAGAAAACCCUGGUCCUUACAAUACGAGUUAAAAUAGUCUUGGAAAGCACAAUCAUCAACUCUUUUCAUUGGAUGCAGACGACGCAAUCUGUCUCGCCUUUUCAAAUUUAAACAUGACG